ACGCUUGGGUGACUUAACUGCGACGACUUCUGCACGACAUUAUCUGAUGCAACCUCCGAGUUAAGGAAGCCGCCGGUGCACUUUGCGGGUGAUAAGGCGGCGGCGUGUUGGAGGUGAUGUCCUUGGAGGUGACCAGGGCGACCGCGGGGAUGGUGCUAGCAGAGCUGUAUGUCUCAGACCGAGAGGGGAGUGACACUACUGGUGAUGGAACCAAGGAGAAACCUUUUAAAACAGGCCUUAAGGCUUUGAUGACAGUUGGAAAAGAACCCUUUCCUACCAUUUACGUAGAUUCACAAAAAGAAAACGAGAGGUGGGAUGUUAUUUCUAAAUCACAGAUGAAGAACAUUAGAAAACUGUGGCACAGGGAACAGAUGAAGAGUGAAUCCCGGGAAAAGAAAGAGGCAGAAGACAAUUUACGAAGAGAGAAGAACCUGGAAGAAGCAAAGAAGAUUACCAUUAAAAACGACCCAAGUCUUCCAGAGCCAAAUUGCGUGAAGAUUCGUGAAUUAGAAGGAUAUAGAGGCCAAAGAGUAAAGGUAUUUGGCUGGGUCCACAGGCUGCGUAGGCAAGGAAAGAAUUUAAUGUUUCUGGUGUUGCGGGAUGGUACGGGUUAUCUCCAGUGUGUCUUGUCAGAUGAUUUGUGUCAGUGUUACAAUGGAGUAGUCUUGUCCACUGAGAGUAGUGUCGCAGUGUAUGGAAUGCUAAAUCUUACCCCAAAGGGCAAGCAGGCUCCAGGGGGCCAUGAGCUGAAUUGUGACUUCUGGGAACUGAUCGGGUUGGCCCCCGCUGGAGGCGCUGAUAACUUAAUCAACGAGGAGUCUGACGUUGACGUCCAGCUCAACAACAGACACAUGAUGAUCCGGGGAGAAAACAUGUCCAAAAUCCUAAAAGCACGUUCUGUGGUCACCAAGUGCUUUAGAGAUCACUUCUUCGAUAGGGGGUACUACGAAAUCAGUCCUCCAACGUUAGUGCAAACACAAGUGGAAGGCGGUGCCACACUCUUCAAGCUGGACUAUUUUGGGGAAGAGGCGUAUCUGACUCAGUCCUCUCAGCUGUACCUGGAGACCUGCAUUCCAGCUCUGGGAGAUGUCUUUUGUAUCGCACAGUCAUACAGGGCAGAGCAAUCCAGAACACGAAGGCACCUGGCUGAAUACACUCAUGUGGAAGCAGAGUGCCCUUUCCUGACCUUUGAGGAGCUCCUGAACCGAUUGGAGGACUUGGUUUGUGACGUGGUCGAUAGAGUCUUGAAAUCACCCGCAGCAAGCGUAGUGCAUGACCUCAACCCGAACUUCAAGCCCCCCAAACGGCCUUUCAAACGGAUGAACUAUUCAGAUGCUGUUGUGUGGCUAAAAGAACACAAUAUAAAGAAAGAAGAUGGAACUUUCUAUGAAUUUGGAGAGGAUAUCCCAGAAGCUCCUGAGAGACUGAUGACAGACACCAUUAAUGAGCCCAUCUUGCUGUGUCGAUUUCCUGUGGAGAUCAAGUCCUUCUAUAUGCAGCGAUGUCCCGAGGAUUCCCGCCUUACCGAAUCUGUCGACGUGUUGAUGCCCAACGUCGGUGAGAUUGUGGGAGGCUCGAUGCGUAUCUGGGAUAAUGAAGAGAUACUGGCAGGUUAUAAAAGAGAAGGAAUUGACCCCACUCCCUAUUACUGGUACACAGAUCAGAGAAAAUAUGGCACAUGUCCACAUGGAGGCUAUGGCCUGGGCUUGGAACGAUUCUUAACCUGGAUUCUGGAUAGAUACCACAUCCGCGAUGUAUGCUUGUACCCUCGAUUUGUCCAGCGCUGCAAGCCAUAACCGAUUCCUCCUGGAGAUUCUGGAUAGAUACCACAUCUGAGAUGUAUGCUUGUACCCUCGAUUUGUCCAGCGCUGCAAGCCAUAACCGAUUCCUCCUGGAGAUUUAAGGAAAGAACACGGUUCAUGGAAGGAACAGGCUGCCUCUUUAAAAAAAAAAAAAAAAACAGCCAAAAUCUUCCCUUUUUUAUUCCACUGGGGUAUAUCCGUUUCUGUUUUCUCUUUUUGUUUUUUAUUCCUGCUACCACGAAGAGCAAUCCAAAUCAUUUGAAUAUCAAGUGACAUUGAUGGUGUCAUUUUAAGAAAAAAAACCCAUUACAGAGUUUGGGGGAAAAUCUGUGGCAUGUAACUCUACAGUCAUGAAUAUAUUUCAACAUUUUAUCCAAUUUUGGGUUAUAAUCUUUCUGUCAUAUAUACCACAUAUAUGAUUAGUUUUAACUUACAGUCUGAGACAUUCCAGUAACUUAAUCUUUCUGUCCUUUUAAGUGUAACUGGAAUUGUUUAAUUUAUAUCACUUUAUUUGUAUCAGUGAGUUAAAACAAACACCGUGGGGAAAAAUUGACAAUAUGCUGUAAAAAUCUGCUAGUAUUAGAACAGAGUAUAAAUCAGCAGUAGAUACAGGAAUGAAAUGAAUAGUCUUUUGCCUCAGUUGUUAAUCUUUUCUAAAUCAGAUAGCUGCUUAUAUAAUUCUAAAGCAUACAAAUUGAUUUGGAAGAAUUUGUAAAAGUGGAAUUGCCUUAAACUAUUUGAAGUAAGAGCAAGUUUUUUGUUUCUGUUUUUUGGCAUUUCAGUGAACAGCAUUCUUCCUAGCAUUAGUUCAAACUAAAGAGGCAGGGUGAUCUUCACUCUUCCCUGGUAGUUCCUAAGUAAUUAAGAAUAAAUAAGUUCCAGGGCUUCCCUGGUGGCACAGUGGUUGGGUAUCUGCCUGCCAAUGCAGGGGACACAGGUUCGACCCCUGGUCCAGGAAGAUCCCACAUGCCGCAGAGCAACUAAGCCCGUGCACCACAACUACUGAGCCUGCACUCUGGAGCCCGUGAGCCACAACUACUGAAGCCGGCGCGCCUAGAGCCCGUGCUCUGCAACAAGAGAAGCCACUGCAAUGAGAAGCCCGCGCACCUCAACCAGAGAAAGCCCAUGCACAAAAACGAAGACCCAACGCAGCCAAAAGUAAAUAAAUAAAUUUAUUUUUAAAAAGUAAAUAAAUAAGUUCCAAAAGUAUUUGCAGCUGGAAUCUUCAUGACAGCCCUGCAUGGCUGUUGGAGUCACCCCACACUGUGUCUUUAGGUCUAAUCUGUGCUAACUUAUUAACUUGCAGGCUUAUUGAAUGGCUUCAUUUCAGAUUUGGUUAAUUUUCCCCCAGAAUGCAUGUCAUGUAUCCUCAAUAAGCUGUAUUCCCAGCAAUCAAUAAAUGGAUACACGUAAAAACUC